AUGCCUUCCCACUCUUCCCGCUCUUCUCACUCAUCGCACUCUUCCUCUGGCAUCAUUCAGCUUGGAAAAGCUACAUCUUCCUCUUCACACAAGCAUCACUCAAAGUCUCACUCAAAGUCUCACUCAAAGUCUCACUCAAAGUCUCACAGCAAGUCUCAUGGCAAGUCGGACAUCAAGUCUGACACCAACGAAGCCGAGCAAGACAUCUAUCAGUCGCAGAACAAAGACCUCUGGGAGGAUGUCAAGCUUACCCAGGGUAACAAAAACGCCCUCAUUCUCACCGUGGUAACACCAGACCAGAGAAAGCACAUGAAGAGACUUAUCGACGACAAGGUGAAGCAUAAAAAGAUCAUGGUUACUACCCCACAACAGUUGCAGCAGCAACUGGAUUGUGCCAUUCAGGACGGCGUCAAGAAGGCCUAUAAAACUCUGCACUUGCUUGUUAGCUCGACAGUCUCUCAGUUGACCUACCACAUUGAAGACUUUGUCGACCAAGUUUUUGUUAAACCAUGUCGUUGGGCCGGACGACAAGACGCUCUCUAUAUAGACAAGUCCUCUACCUAUUGUGGUUGGAAGACUCAUGCCUGGGACUAUCGCACCCAGGAAGUGCAGCUCAGGAAGCAACUCACACAUCAUGAGGGUUGUCUAUUUGACACGAGGGACUUUAGCCCUGAGGAUUUUUCUUAUUACACCCAGCCGAGAGAAACCCCCAAUCUUUCCAAAGAUGACAUCAAGGAUAUCGCGGCUCAAAUGAACUUGUUGAAAAGCGUGAGUGUGGAUGAAAAGAACGACGGGCCCUCGGAUGAUUCUGCUGACAGGGCAAAUUCAUGGUUUCAACAGUGGAAAAAACUUCUAGCUACCGUCAUUGCAGCUGGUGCGGGUGUGGGCGCCGCUUGUAUAACUGGAGGUAUGUGGAUAAGCGCUGGUGGGCUCAUUGUCAAAGGACCCUUGGGCUUUUCUCUGGCGGCAGGGUAUACCUCCUUCGCUGCUGUCGGUGCUGUCGGUGCAGUAGGCGCAGUAAGUCUCGGGACAGCUGUGGUCGCCUACAGUGCCGUCUACUUUGUCCCCUGGGACAGAGUUUGGGAUUACCUUGCGAAGAAGCUGUGGCAGGUCUGGGAGAUGGUCAAGAAGUUCUUUUCGUGGGUCAAAGACAAGCUUGUUGGGUUUGCUGGUUACAUCGCUUCUAACAUGGGUUGGGUCGCUAACGGAGAAUGA